CGCAUGUGCGGGACUUCACACGUGUAGUAAACGUUAGGACUGGUUGCAUGCAGCUCUACUCAGCAGAGAUACCUUAGCACAACAAACAUAUAUCUAAUAUAUAUACACCUAUCUUUAUCCUAGCGGCUCUUUUAAACCCAGGACAGAGGAAUAGUCCUCCGUGAAGCGUUUCGCCGAGAGGGCCGGAAUACGAGAGAAAAACAUUCACCAUGACUGAACCAGAAGUGAAUCCUAAGGCCUACCCGCUGGCCGACGCCACGCUGACCAAGACCAUCCUGGACCUGGUGCAGCAAGCCUCCAACUACAAACAGCUGAGGAAGGGGGCCAAUGAAGCCACUAAAACCCUGAACAGAGGCAUCGCUGAGUUCAUCGUGAUGGCCGCUGAUGCCGAACCACUGGAGAUCAUCCUCCAUCUGCCUCUUCUCUGUGAGGACAAGAAUGUGCCAUAUGUGUUCGUUCGCUCAAAGCAGGCCCUGGGCCGAGCCUGUGGGGUGUCCCGCCCCGUUAUUGCUACCUCAGUUACCGUGAAGGAAGGCUCCCAGCUCAAACCGCAGAUUCAGUCUGUUCAGAUGGCUAUUGAGAGACUGCUUGUGUGAUUUUUGUUGCACUGAUGAAUUCUCCUUAUGUAAGAGGAGACUAAUUCCUAAUUGAAAAUAUUUGUCUCUUGUUUGAUGAAAAAAGCUGGUAUGCAUUACCAGAAAAUACAGAAUUUUGUUUUUUACAUUUUAGGACAGUUAGUCCACUUCAGUGUAUCAGUUUGCUUCGGCAUGUCCUGAUUCAUAAUAAAAAAACAUUUUUAUUUCA